UGACAAAAAAGUCACCUUGACCUUUUCAACAUGCCUAUUUGACAUAUUUAGACAGCUUAGAGGUGAUACACAAUGACUUCGUUUCGUCGUCGUAACAGUAGUUUCUUUCGGGCAUUUAAAGAUGCCGAUGAUGACGCUGAUUUGUUUAGCAUGGACAGGGGAGCCACCGCUGCCUCCCAGAAUCGAUGGCACUUCGAAUGCGCUUGGGAAGUUGCAAAUAAAGUUGGAGGCAUCUACACUGUGAUAAAGUCUAAAGCUCCAGUGAGCACAGAAGAACUAGGAGAACAGUAUUUUCUGGUUGGUCCAUACAAUGAUUCUUGUGUACGGACUGAGGUGGAGCUGUUGGAACCACACCACUAUGUCAUUAAGGCUGUCCUUGAAGAGAUGAGAUCGCACGGAAUCAAGGUGCACUUCGGCCGCUGGUUGAUAGAUGGUUAUCCAAAGUUGAUUUUGUUUGACAUUGGUUCAGCGGCUUGGAAACUUGAUGAAUUCAAACAUGAUUUGUGGGAGAACACCCAUAUUGGUAUCCCUCUUCAUGACUCAGAAUCUAACGAUGCUCUAAUCCUCGGAAAUCUAACAGCUUGGUUUAUUACAAGUUUUCGAAACAAAUUGGAGGGACGCCCGUAUGUGUUGCUGCACUGUCACGAGUGGUUAGCUGGGGUGGCUCUCAUACUGCUAAGGAUGCGUAAAGUGGAUGUUGCCACGGUGUUUACCACUCAUGCCACCCUGCUGGGCAGGUACUUGUGUGCAGGAAACUCUGAUUUCUACAACAACCUCGACAAGUUUGUGUUGGACAAGGAGGCUGGGGACCGUCAGAUCUACCACCGCUACUGUAUGGAACGGGCAGCCGCCCACACGGCACACGUGUUCACCACUGUGUCAGAGAUUACGGGUGUGGAGGCGGAACACCUCCUCAAACGCAAGCCGGAUAUCAUCACACCGAACGGUUUAAAUGUGAAGAAAUUUAGUGCCAUCCACGAGUUCCAGAACCUUCAUGCCGUUUAUAAGGAGAAAAUUCAUGAUUUUGUGAAGGGCCAUUUCUAUGGGCACUAUGACUUUGACCUGGACAAGACGCUGUAUGUGUUUUCUGCGGGCAGAUAUGAGUUCUCCAAUAAAGGAUGUGACCUCUUCUUAGAGUCAUUAGCUAGACUAAAUCACUUUUUAAAGACUGCAGGCAGUGAGAUGACAGUUAUAGCAUUCCUGAUCUUCCCAGCACGUACAAACAACUUCAACAUUGAAUCUCUUCGUGGCCAGGCCAUUGCCAAGCAGCUGCGCGACACCGUCAGCCAUAUACAGGGUCAGCUUGGCAAGAGAAUCUUUGAGAAGGCUCUCAGAGGGGAAUUGCCAUCAGGAGAUGAUAUUCUAGUACAAGAAGACAUAGUCAAAUUGAAAAGAUGCAUCUUCUCAGCUCAGAGAAACACACUGCCCCCGAUCUGCACACACAAUGUUGUAGAUGACCACAAAGACCCAAUACUGGCGGCUCUACGUAAUUGCCAGCUCUUCAACAACAGGCAUGACCGAGUCAAGGUGAUAUUCCACCCUGAGUUCCUGAACUCAACCAACCCGCUGUUUGGACUGGACUAUGAGGAGUUUGUACGUGGCUGCCAUCUUGGUGUCUUCCCCUCGUACUACGAGCCGUGGGGAUACACUCCAGCGGAAUGUACUGUGAUGGGGAUCCCGAGCAUGACGAGUAACCUGUCUGGGUUUGGUUGUUUCAUGCAGGAGCACAUUGCUGACCCUAAGUCAUAUGGUAUUUACAUUAUCGAUCGCAGAUUCCAGGGUAUUGAUGAUUCUGCCCAGCAGCUCGCACAGUACAUGUUUGACUUCUCCUGCCUGUCAAGACGACAGAGAAUCAUCCAGAGGAACAGAACAGAGCGACUCAGUGAACUGCUAGAUUGGAAAAAUCUGGGUGUGUACUACAGGAAGGCCCGUAGCCAGGCCCUAGUGAAAGCAUUCCCUGAUAACUUCUCCGAGGCCAGUCUCAUGGAAAAUGAGGAAGUUCCUACAAAGCCACGGAAGGUGAUGUACCCAAAGCCUGCAUCAGAGCCUCCCUCCCCGAGCCAGUCUCGAAGCUCAACACCUGCAGUGUCUGAUCAGGAGGACGAUGAACACAGACCAGUGAAGUUUGAUGAUGAAGACAAUCCUACAGAUGAUGAGGAGGAUCUUAAUCCAGAGGCUGACCAGAAGAACUGACCAUUGUCCAGCAGUAUAUGGCUCUAGAAUCCACUACAACACUGGUCCUUCAUAACUCAGAGGAGAUCAUGUGGAAAAAUAAAGAAUGAUGAUAAUAAAUAAUGAUUGUAUGAGAGUUGGAAAUAAAGUGUGUGUUAUGUUGAAAUAUUUUCUUGCAGGAUGAGGAUAGAGUAUGUGUAUGUCCUAAAAGAUUAAGGACUCAUAAGCCAUUUGAUAUUUUCAGUGCAAACCUAGAAUCAUUAUUGAGUAUUUUCUGAGUGCAAAUGAUGCGUGUAUCACUCUGCUUUUCUUGUCCAAUAUCAGUAUCAUUUUAUGUAUAAUUUUGCCAUUGGACAAUUUUUUGCUUGAUAUGCUAGUAUAUAUAUAUA